AUGCGUCGUUUACAUUCACAUGGUAAAUUAUCGUUAAGACGUUGUUUGUCUUAUUGGACUGAUGAACACCAAAAAGCUGUAGCACUCGGACUUAAAAACUAUGUGGAUCCUAAAACAGGUUAUACUGUUUUCACUGAAAUUGAACAUUUAGACCGUGGUUAUUGUUGUGGCUCAAAAUGUCGACAUUGUCCGUAUAAUCAUGUGAACUGUUCAACUGAAUCGCCUAAACAAGAAGAAAAAUAA